AUGGGCUGGGUAUACAACCUCCAAACACCCGACCCGGACUCCCACAUCCCUCGGGUUAUCGCAGUUAGCAUGGUAUUUGCGGGCGUGGCAUGUUUGACCGUUGCGCUGCGCUUCCAUGUUCGCAUCUGGGUCAAGAAAGCCGUUUGGGUAGAUGACUUUGCGGCGUUGUUUAGUGCGCUUAUGGCGGUUGGGUACGCUGGGCUUAUAGUCGCUCAGACACGCUGGGGACUAGGACUUCAUGAGGACUACUUCCCGGCCGCGAAUAGUAUCCCAUUUGCUAAGAUGCAAUACGCCGGUGGACCCGUAUACGCCAUCUCCUUGCUUGGAUUCCGAAUCUCGCUUCUAGCAUCCUACCUGCGGAUUGGGGGCUUCGUCCGAACGUAUCGAAUGGUUAUUGUUGUCGCCAUCUUGGCCUGUGUCUGUAACCAAAUUGCGUUUGGCAUUGUCAUAUCGUGCGGGUGUAGGCCGGUCGCCCGUCAAUGGGACCCCUCAAUACCAGGUACGUGCAUCGACACAGUCGCAUCGUACUAUGCCCUUGCGGCGACGAGUCUGGCCUUCGACGUGGUUAUCAUCGCCCUUCCGCUGCCGAUUCUGGCGAAGUUGAAGUUGAGAUUACGGCAGAAGGUCCUCCUCGGCGUCCUCUUUGGCCUCGGCUUCUUCAUCACAAUCAUUCAGAUCAUCCGCAUCUUCACGGUUAAGAACCUCGCCACAUACGCGAACAGCGAGGCGAUUAUCCUCUGGUCGAUUGUUGAAAUUGGGCUUGGGGUCAUAAUAAGUUGCAUCCCAACCUACGGCCCCUACUUCCGCUCCUUCAAAAUGAAUAUAUCGGGCUACCGCCGGCGACGCACGCAGGGGACAGGACAAUACUAUGGGAGUUCCGACGCACAAUCACGUUUGCACUCGCAGUCGAACACGCAAUCAUACAGGCUUUCAUCCCGCAAUAUGAGCCGGGGCCGGACCGGCGGGCGAGACCGAGACGGGGAUCGGGUCUAUGACAACAGUACCGUGCCGACGACGACGGUGGGUGCGGUGGCAGAAAGGAAUAGGAUGGGUGAUAAUGAUUCCGAGGAGAUUAUACUGUUUGAUCGGGAGGACGAUGGCGCGGAGCAGAUCAAGGAUACGGGGAAUGGGAAGGGGAUCCAUAUUGCGACAGAGGUGAGGGUUGAGAGGGAGUAG